AUGUAUCGCAGAGCACCACUCGCAAGAAGAUUGCCUCGGCCAAAGUCUGCCCUCUGUCAGGCUGCUGUUGUCGAGGCCUGCUCAUAUCAGCCUCCCUUCGAAAAUUGCAUUAUCUCCAAGCCUGACGGAGAAGAUCGCACCAGAUCAGACGUUAUCUACAUGGCAAAGGUUGAGAUCGACGACCUCUUCGUCGAGCCUGAUCCUUUGGCCGAGACCGAUGCAUAG